AUGGAAGACAGUGGCAUUGAUAGUGAUUCCAAAACAACUUUAAUUGGUGCUGGAAAAGCUUCUGCCACGUGUACAGAUACUUCAGACAAAACUGACCACGAAGAAAAUGAAGAAAAAGCUGUUGAAAAUGUUGGGCAGAACACCAAUUCUGAAUGUUCAAGCCUUCUGAAUGAUUCCUCAGCAGUUGAGUCUCAUGUUGUAAAAAUUGCCAGCAACAGAGAUAAUGUCAAAGUUGCAACAAAACUCAUGCCUUCAUCAGUAUUACAGAAACGGUUAGAAAAACAAAUUCUACAAACCAGAAAACUAAGACAAAGAGAGCAAAGUAUAGAUGGUUUGCCCAAGAAAUUAAUCCCUCGUAGCAGGUUAAGAGUGCCAAAGAGUCAAACUCCAAUUGUUAAUAAAACUGAUUCUCAUCCUUUGGUGUCUUGGGAGAGUGACAGUGAUGAUGAUGAUGUAGAUUAUCACCCAAUUUCAAACUCAACUGCCAAGGAAAUUACUGAACAACUAAUCAAGGAUGGUUAUAAUUUAGAUCUGACACCAGAUGAUGAAGACCUGGAUCUGAUUCCUCCAAAGCCUGUAACACAAAGAUGUGUCUGUUGCAGUGUUCGAUGUAUGUGUCUUAUUCAGUGA